AUGUCCUGCCACCCUCAAACGCCGGACAGCCCAUCCCAGUUCUCUCCUAACGCGAGCGACCUGAUGAUGAGCAUGACUGCAGCGUCGACUACGACCACGUUGCCAACUCCUGCCCACAGCGUCAACGGAAGCUCGAUACCUACCGAAAUGACCCACGACACCGUCAUGGGGGAGGAUUCUCCUCAAAAGCGCAAGCGACACGUCAACGACACAGGCGACCGAGCGCAGAAGAAAGUUCAUGUCGAGGACCGCAAGUCUGGUAUCGACGACCUCCAUCUGGAUGUCGGCGACAAAUACCUCCUUUGCAGAACUCCGCAUCCUCGGCCCCGGCCUCAGGUGUCGGAGGAUCUGUUCGAGAUGUAUGGCCUGACAAGGCUCGCUGCCGAGGUCGCCCGUGUGCUUCCCAACGGCGAAAAGAAUGCGCUUAGGAAAACGUAUAAGGGUCACAUCAAGAAGCUUGGCGUGCAAGGCCACUUUGACGAAGUCAAGCAAGAUCCCCACCGUGAAGAGGGCCUCUUGUUCCUCACAAAGCUGCCUCAAGACGUCUGGGACGUUCACUACGUCCGAGGGAAGGAGAUCGACAAAGGCUUCAGCAACGAGGCGCGCCAAAAGCUGCCGAGAUCUGUGACCAUGGGCAAGGGGACUGUGCCCAAGUCUCUGUGGGAUAGCUCGGUGCUGGGGGAUCUCGCUCCCGGAAAGGGCGAGAAGCGUGCCGAGUCGGCGAGGCCGACCGCGCCCAGCACUCCGCUUCCCACUGCAGCUGUGCUACCUCGGCCCAAAGUGGGCACGCCGCUACCUCAAGAUGCGGCCAGAACCAAGCGGAACGCCAUGAAACGGAGCUACGGUGACAGCAGCUUCGAAGGCUACGGCGAGGGCUUCCCUGAUGACGAGACCGGCGCCGAAACAGGCUACUCGACCGGAGAAGGGGACAUGUUCUCUGGCCAGAAGCGGAGAAAGAAGGUACUCAUCAACGGCUAG